AUGGCAGAAUAUGUUUCUGUUGCUGCCGAAAUUUUGAACAUACCCGAAGACGACGAUAAUUCUGAUUCUGAAGAUAUCAAGUCGGUAAGGAAUAGUUUUUGGGGUAUGCCCGACCCACCACCUUGUCCGGACCCAGUUAUCAAAAGUAGAAAGGAAAACAUUUCCUACCAGCCUACAUCUCAUGUCAAAGUUCUACAAACCUUUGACUCGAAGGAAGCACUUAAGCUCGCAGUGGGAUUAAAGUGCGUUCAUAAAAACUUUCAGAUGAAAGUAAAGAAAUCUUCCAAACACCGGUACGAGGUGGUGUGUCACUCAGAUUCGGACUGUUCUUGGCGUUUGAUGGCUGUUUCCAUUGAUGGUACCAGUAUUUUUCAGGUACGCAAGCUCCAUGAUGAACACACAUGUUCAAGGUCCCAAGUGCACCCAAACCACCGUAAUGCGAAUAAAAAGGUUUUGGGUCAUAUACUGGCAGACAGUCUAAAGGAUUGUAGGAGAGUGUACGGUGGUAAAGAAAUCAUGGAAUAUGUGAACCAACGGUUCAAUAUUAGCAUCUCCUACCACCAAGCAUGGCGAGCAAAGAUGUAUGCCAUGCAACUGUUGAGGGGGACCCCGGAAUCGUCGUUUAACCUACUCCCGGUUUAUUGUCACAAUCUAAAGCUAGCAAAUCCUGGGAUUGUGACAGAGAUCGCUCUUGAUCCAGUAGGACGAUUCGACAUGUUGUUUGUCGCACUCGGUUGUUCGAUGCGAUCGUUUCUAGGACACAUGAGACCGCUUCUUAUAAUGGACGAUGCCCAUCUGAAGGGGCCGUAUGUUGGCACCAUGUUCUUAGCGGUCGGCAUGGAUGGAAACAAUGGUAUCGUACCCAUUGCAAUGGGAGUGGGGAAGACAAAAAGUGGCACGUCAUGGACAUGGUUUUUAUGUAAGCUUAGGCAGUGUAUCGGUGAUGUGCCCAAUUUAACCUUCGUCACCGAUAGGGUUGCCUCUAUCGACCUGGCCAUAUGA